GCCAGGCUCGUCAGGUGCAUAUCAAUGAGUGCAGGAGUCAUCGGUAGACGGAGCGAGCCAAUAAGUACCACAGCAGUGAUGAUGCAGUCGUGAGAGAUCGCGCUGCCUCUGCUAACUUCCCGGCAUGGCACGUGGCUUCGCGAAAAUUGGUGAUUAGCUUCGGUCUGCUGGAAUAGUGAGCGCCUACUACCAAACCUCCGUGCUGUCCGCGGGGCCCACAAAGACCUGCCAUGGACGACUCCCUCGUAGCAUACGCCUCCAUCCUGCGGGACUGGCGGUGGAUUGGCAUCGCGCUGCUCUUUGCCUUCGCGUGCCUCGUGAGCCAUUUCUACGAUAGAGUGUCCAGGUACCCAAAAGGACCGUUCCCUGUCCCCGUAUUCGGGAAUCUGCUCGCGCUGCGGAAGGUAGAGAACCUGCACGGCCAGGCGAUCCAGUGGUCCAAGACGUAUGGCGACGUCUUCACCCUGUGGUGCUCGCACAAGCCGAUGGUGAUCCUCAAUAGCUACGAUGUCAUUCAGGAAGCGUUCCUCAAGCGGAAGCACGCGUUUUCGGGACGUCUGCCUCUAAAGAUGCGUGGGAAGUACGCGGCCACAAAAGCCCUGGAAAGGCUAUGCACCGACAUCGUUGACGCCUACGUGGACACCUUGACAUUGGAGCCACAAAUUGCAGACUCAAGGAAGUUGUUUUUCUCCAUGCUUUACAAGCUUACAGGAGCAUCAAUCUAUGGCGCAAGCCUGAAUGGAGAAGAAAAGGACAUUCUUCGCCUGGAAGAGAUAGACCACGAGUACUACGCAGCCUCCCCAGACGGCCUGCCGAGCGACAUUGCGCCCAUUCUAGGACUGCUGUACCGCAAGAGGGAGAAGAAGAUCGAGGCCCUGUACACUGAGUACCGACAGAUUAUUGACCGGCUGUUCGCUAAGGCCGAGGAGUCGUACAAAGCAGGUAGCAAGGACAACAUCGUGCACGGCCUGAUUUCCGCUCGGGAGGAGGCCACCCGACAGAGGGAAAGCGACGCCGAAUAUCUGACCAAAGAAAACCUGGUUCAGGUUGUCAUGAACUUGUUUGGAGGUGCCACAGACACUUCGGCGUCAACGCUUCAGUGGAUGUUUCUCAGGCUUGCUAAGCACCCCGAGAUUCAGAAGAGAAUUCAAAAGGAAAUUGAAGACUGCAUCGGAACCAGUUCACCUGCGUACGAAGAUCGAGAAAGACUGCCUUUUACAAUGGCUUGCAUGAUGGAGACGUUUCGGUGUCAUCCUUUUGCACCGAUUGGCAUGCCCCACAAGACAAGUACAGAUACAACAGUCGGCACGGCAGCCAUACCUAAAGACACGGGUGUGUUGUUCAACGUCUACGGAGUGAAUCACGACACACGCUUCUGGGACAAACCAGAAAAGUUCCGGCCUGAUCGCUUUCUGGACCCCGUCACUGGAAGACUGCGUCAGGAUGCCGGGCCGCUGCUAAGUUUCGGCCUAGGUGCAAGGGCUUGUCCAGGGGAGAAGCUCGCACACGUUGACAUAUUCUACAUCCUCGUCCGAUUCAUGCAGAGAGUCAGCUGCAGUGCCAUCGACAACGCCUCAAGUGUGGACAUGAGAAGCAUCGGUUCGUCGCUCUUCCUCCUACCGGCUCAGCGUGACAUCGUUCUCUCCAAGAGAAACUGAUGCUUGGAGCGCUGAGUUUCACGGAGCGUUCAUGCCCAAUAGAGUCCAAAGCUGGGGCCUAAGGCCAAUAGCUGCGAUUCAGGCCGUGAAAGCCUUGUUGCAUCGUGUUCAGGUACCUCCGAAAUCAGCCGGGUUGACGUUUUGAUAGGUGAAGCUGCCAUGGUCGAGCUGGCAUUGCCAUCCUCUGUGUGUUCAUUUCAAACGCGUUUUAGCGGCGUCAGAGCCGUUGUUCGAGUCGGCCCAAGGUCAUUCAGUGGGAAGGAAUACGCAAGACGCGACCUUAAAUUGAUAGCGGUACUCGUAAGCAGAUUCUCUGCAACAACCUUAGACGUGACAAGCAAAACAAUGCUGCACACCCUUUAUCAGAUCCAACAUGUGUAAUACGUCUUAUCUCGCUCGCUAGAUCUUUUUCUUUUUUUGCCAAGAGAAGAACUGAUUUGCGAUCGAUCUUCUUUAGGCGGGACAAAACUAAACUUUUCGGCUGCAUUAUUUCUACAAAACACCUGUGGGAAUAGGAACAUACAACAAAAAUUCGAAAGCUGUGUUCAAGUUAUUAUUGUUAAACACAAAUCGUUUCUCUUGACAUGUGGCAUAACUCAUAACUACAACAUAACCUUAGCAUUACUAACUCAAACGUAACAUAACUCAUAACUCAUGCAAAGGACUGAGAGAUAUAUGCCAUUUUUCGGCACAUGGUCUACAUGAACAACUCGGAGAUUUCCGUCGAUUGCGCGAGGUAUAGCGCAUAGACGUUCAGUAACAUUUCUUACAAGAUGGUGCAGACCAGCUGGUUGGGAUCUUAACGUCGCUCUCAACUUUGUUUCAAGAUUGUCGACAAAAGUGAGUUCUUGUUGCAUUACGUGCAGCAGUCGCACAUCAAAACUUUUGGACCAACAUCUGUGAAAUUAUGCUUUCGUUUUCUUCGUUAAGAAUGUCACGCAGUCAUUGAAGUUUCUUCUGUUUCCAUCUGCAUGCGCUUCUCAAGGCAAAUCAAGCCUAACUUUCCUUUUUUUUUACAUUUGUGUGUUUACGUACUGUAUACGUGUAGUGAAGUGGUGCUGCUUGAGUAGCACUGCAGUGUUUAACACAAGAGCCAUGCUCAGGCUUCAGAACUUGCUUCGUACUCCAAUUCAUGUAUGCCGACCAGAAAAAUUAAUAAAGAGUUGGUUUACUGAAAAAGUCACGCGAAAUGUAUCUUUCAUUGGAUGCCUGUCUCAAAGGAACGCCAAACUUUCUUAAUCUAAGCGAUGCUUUCCAGUUACGCGGCAGGAAGAAGUAAAACGUCACUCACGAACACAUUCUCAGAGUAUAAAACCUGGCCACAACGCCAUAACGUAAAAAAACUGCGAAGGUAAUUUGAAGAAGCUGCCUUGAAUUAUCGCCACUUAAACCAAAGUGUUGUAGUGAAUGGCUACGAAUAUGUUUGAAUUUUCAAGCAUAAAAUGUACAAAGGCGCUGCUAGCUAUAGGUGCCAUCCUAGUUCUCUGGAGUAUCGUCGGCUACACAGGCCCUUGCCAAUAUAGCAGAGAAUCACGUUAUAUAAUU